AUGAUCGCGCUGUACCGGCCGGGGCCGAUGGAGAACAUCGACCAAUUCAUUGACGCCAAGCACGGGCGGGCGGCAGUGACGUACCCGCAUCCGAGCCUGAAGGAGCUGCUGGACGAGACCUACGGCAUCAUCGUCUACCAGGACCAGGUGCUGCUGAUACUGCAGCAGUUCGCCGGUUACACCCUGGGCGCCGCCGACAUCGUGCGCAAGGCGAUGGGCAAGAAGAUCGCCUCGCUCAUGGCGCAGGAAAGGGACAACUUCGUGGCGGGGGCCACCGGCAAGGGCUUCGACCAGUCGCUUGCGGUGGAGAUUUUCGACCUGAUCGAGCCAUUCGCGGGCUAUGCGUUCAACAAGGCGCACAGCGUCAGCUACGCCCUGAUCUCUUACUGGACAGGCUAUUUCAAGGCCCACUACCCGGUGGAGUACAUGGCGGCGGUGCUGAACGCCCGGCUGGAUAACACCGACAAGACCAUCAGCUCGAUCAACGAAUGUUUCCGGCUGGGCAUCCCGGUGUGGCUGCCCGACGUAAACCGCUCCGGCGAGUUCUUCACCAUCGACCACGACGAAGAGGGCAAGGCCGGUCUUCGCAUCGGGCUGGCGGCCAUCAAGACGGUGGGCGAGGGAGCGGUCAAGCCGCUUGGUGGAUGA